AUGAGCAACACACCCAUCCAGGAGCCACCUGCCCAGGAGCUGUCCUCUGGCAGCGGGCAGACAUUACCCUCCCGACCCUUCCAGCCAAUCCCUGAUCCCUCAGCUUCUAAAAGAGUAUGCUUCUACAAAAGCGGUGACUAUAAAUUCAGUGGGCACCGCAUGGUCAUCAAUGCCCGCACCUUCAAGACAUUUGAUGCUCUACUGGAUGCUCUGUCCAAGAAAGUGCCUCUGCCGUUUGGAGUGAGGACCAUCACCACACCUCGCGGGACCCACCUGGUUAAGGCUUUAGAUGACCUCCAUGAUGGGGGAUCAUAUGUGUGUUCUGAUCAGAAACGGGUGAAGCCGUUAAACCUGGAUGAAGUGAACCGGCGGCAGGUACCGUGGAAUACCACCAGGCCCUUCAGCGCAGGGAGACGAAAGCGGCUAGGACUCCAGUCUAGCAGAAGGAAUGAAGUCACCAACAGGCCACCAAAGGUCACUGAGAGGGUGGCAGUACGGACACCAAAGAAACUUGUGGUCAUCAAGAAUAGGGAUCCUACUGUUCAACAUACAAUUGUGUUGCAGAAAAGAACAGCGCCAACCUUUGAUGCUUUACUGGAUUACCUUUCCCAGAUUCUGCAGUUCCCAGUGCUGAAACUCUUCUCUACAGAUGGCAGAAGAGUUGAUGGUCUUGCAGCACUCAUCCUGUGCUCUGGAGUUGUUGUGGCUGCCGGCAACGAGUCAUUCAGAUUAGGCAACUAUAGUUUUCACAGAAGCGGGCAGAUGGCACAAGUAAUGUACGUGGAUACUGCGGAACCAUCUAUGUUGCAGCCCAGUGCUCAGAACAAAUCUUUUUCGAGUGGAAGAGGCUCAAGGAAUUUUUCCUUGUCGUCAGAGAGAUAUAUUGCCGACCAGAUAAACAAGUCUCGAAAUGGAAGCAUGACCAGCCGACUGCAUCACACCAACGAAUCCUUUGAAACAGAGGUCAACCAUCGUCACACACCCAUGGAGACACAUAGAGCUGGGAGGGUAGACAGCGAGCGUCAUGCUUGCAUUGUACCUCAGGAUGAUGACAUUGAAAAAUCUUUCCGUGUGAAUCAAGAUGGCAGCAUGACCGUGGAGAUGAAAGUUCAUCUCACCAUUAAAGAGGAGGAGAUGCUCCACUGGACUACCACACUCAGCCGCUCCAGCCUUAGCAAGGGGACAGUUUGUGCCUCGAUUUCUGAGUCAGGCAAUAGCUCACCUGACUCAAACAAUGCUGUUGCCAAAGACUCUUCUAGCAUCAGUGAAGAUGAAGCAAAAGAGGAGAACCAUCCCGCUGGAGCUGGAGAGGGUGUCGGCUUUAACGACGAGCGAGUGUAUGAGGGCUAUAAUUCCACGGCCUUGGGAAAAGCAAAAAUAGGUUUCAAACGCACUCCUACGCCGGGUCCUCGGCAUGUUAAUAAGAAAGCGUCUGUUGAGAGUGUGAAGACGGUGACAGAGUCGGGGGUUCAAGAGAGCACCCUAGGACAUUAUUCCUACAUGGAAAGGACGGCUGACGGUGAGACAAAUGAGGGUUACUGCGUUGUCAGACACAGCAGCAGCAACAACAAGCCGAUCCCAAAACCUCGGAAAACGGCAUCUGCAGGUGCAAGUAAGAAAGGCUCCCACUCCUCCAUGAGGUCAUCAGGAGUGGCUGAGGUCCUCCAGAUACAGAAUAACGGGAUGGAGGUUACAGAGACUGUGAUGCAUAUUUAUGAGAGUCAAGGCUGCUACGACAACUAUUUUGCAAAUGAGGAUUAUAGCGCAGAUGGUGUACCUUUGCAAGGUUCUACUCCAUUCCAAGAAAGCAGACCAUCCAGUGUCUCAGAGCCACAUUCAUCCAGUUAUGAUUGCGAUAUAGAUUUUUCUACUACCGACUCCCUACAAAGACAGAAAGAGGAGAUGUUAUCAUUGUCAUCAGAGCCUCUAGCUUCAACACAGGAGAUUACGAACAAUUUGUCUUCAGUGACUGAGAACAAAGCCAUAACUCCAACAAACUCUCAAAUACAGGGGACAGUAAAAAAAGGCAAAACUCCUAAAAGUGAGAAGAAGGAAAAGACAAUCAACCCUGCUAGGAAACAGAAGAGUUCAACUUCAACAAGCAGCUCAGAUAAAAAGCAAAAGGAACGCAUAAUAACCCCCUCAAAACAUAGCAAACAUUCAUCUGCAGACAAGCUCAGCAGCAAUGCUAGUGAGGGAAAAAAGAGUUUGAGUUCACCAGAAAGUGAUAAAAGUGGUCAAAAGAGUAGAGGAGCAAAAAAGACUCAAAUUAAGAAAGUGAGUAGUGAUGAAAAGACACACAGGAAAGAGCAGGCCUUAUUAGCUAACCCUGAAAAGUUGAAAAAGACCCCACCUCAGAGAAAAAACACAAAUAAAGCAGCUGCUAAAGAUAAUGGCCAUAAUGUAAAUACUCCAACUGGAAGGCCUCAAAUGAAGAAGAACAUGUUAGACAUUUUACAACCCAAAGAAACACUCUUGCCAGGCAAAAAGACAAUUCGCAAGCCAAAAUCCAUGAUUGAAAACAAAAUAUCAUCACCUAUAAAGUCUGUAGAGUUGAAUGAGAGUUUGUCUAUGCCUUCUCUCAAUCCUUCACCCUCUGAAAUCCACCAAUAUGUUGAGAACUGGUUGGAGAAAGCCAGCCCAGACCCAGUGCCAUACACUGAGGAGGCCAUCGCAGAUCAGCCAGAGCCUCAGCCAAAGGUUGUGUUUAAGAUAGGUGGUGAUUCUGAAUCAGAUGAAAAGAGUGAAAGCCAGUAUAAUCUAGAUGAGUAUUAUCCAUCGCCUGGUGAUGUUCAAGAAAUGAAGAAAUCAUCUUCUUGUCUUUCAGUACCUCUUUGUCAUGCAGAGCCAGCUACAGGUCUGCUGCAAAAUGAACAGAAUGUGAGAGGUUUAUGUGUUUCAAUGCCGAGUGUCAGAGUCGAUCCUGCACACCAGGAGAACAGACUGAGGGCACACAAAUCUGCAGAGGCCAUCUGUCCAGCUGACGAUGAAUCAUCUACAUCCAACGUUUUAAGUCCCAAAACAAAGAUAAGACCUGUCCUGCGUCAACUUUGUUCAUCGAUUCAGUGCAUCAGAAGGGCGUCUGACACCAACACAACAUCCAAUCUUGAGAAGUCCAACAGUCUUCCUGAUUUCCAAACGCAAGUGGCUUCAGUGUUUGGCUCGUCAUGUAAAGCAUUCAUGUCAUUUUUAUCAGUGAUGACUCUGCGAGAUAACCUAACAGGAUCCCCAUCAGGAGAUGGCAACCAAUCGGGAAGCCCUUCUGAGGCCAUGCUAAUGAUGGAAUCCCUGCAGAAAAUUUCUGUCAUCGAUGACGAGGAAGAGCAGAGGUCAAGUUUGACUGAUCUGCAAAGCAGAGCAUCUUCUCAAUUCAGAGAACGCUGGAAGGAUUUCCAGAUUCUGAGGGAAAGACUUGAGAGUGAACCUCUGUCUCCUAAAGUUUCAGAAACAGAGUUUGCCCUUGAUGUUAUCUCCGAAGGGGGUGAUGUUUUUGAGGAUCAGGUUAUUGACGAGCUGAUGGAGGAACUGAAUAUGCCACAAGACCUCAGAGAACAAAUUUCUUCAACAAUCCAACAAGCUAAAAGUUUCUACCCUGUAGAGGAGAGCACUUUUCUAGAAACAGAAAGAAACCAGUCGGACACAGAGGAAGAUGUGGAAAAAUUUGUUGAAGAAUGUGAUGAUGAAACAAAACAAUCAGACGAGCCUGAUACUAGCUGCAUAGCUGAGGACAUUACUCAGACAACACAAGGUCAUGAUGAUAGUGAACAAGCCAAGAUGGCGUCUGAGUCAGAGCAAGAACCUGAUAAAGUUGAGGAAACAGGCAUUGAUGCAAAAGAAUCAGAAAUAUCACAGACAGAAAUAGAUGAGCCCUUAAAAGAACAAGAAAAUGAAGAAGAGGAGCAAGUAGAGGAGGAAGGAGAGAGGGUGAAUGACAGAGAGGAUGGAGAUCAAGAAGAGAUAGAUAAUGAUGAUGGCAAAGCGACUGAAAUGGGAGAAAGGGAAGGAGGGGAAGAAGAGGGAGAAGAAGAGGGGGUAGUGACAGAAGAAAAAAUGGAUGACAAGGGACAGGAAGAAUGGGACGCAGAAAACAUAAGUGAAGAGGAAACUGUUGAAAAAGUAGAGAAAGAGGAAGUGAUGACACUAGAUGAGGAAGAAGAGGGGGAGGAGUUAGAAGAAGAAGAUCAAGAACCAAGAGAAAAUGAUAGUGUUGAAGAGACGGAUGAGAGAGAAGGUGUCGAUGAGACAGAGGAGGAAAAGAAAGGGGAUGAUGAGGUUGAUGAAGAGGCAGAUGAGGAAGAAAAGGGUGAGGAAUGGGGAACUGAGGUGAAGAAAGGGGAAGAGACUGAAGAAGCAGAUGAGGUUAUUGAGACUGAUGAAGGAGAGGAAGCAGAUAAUAUCAACGAAGACGUGGGGGAGGAAGAUAAGGAUGAUGCAGAUGCUUUUACUGAGGAUGCAGAAGAGGAAGCAGAGGAAGGCAUUGAGGAAAUGACAGAGGUUAUUGAGGAAAAAGAUGGGGAAGAGGAGGAAAAAGAAACAGAUGCAGUUACUGAGAAAGAUGUAGAGGACGAGGUUACUGGGGAGGAGGAAGAGGAAAUGGAGGUGGUUAUUGAGGAGGAUGAUGUAGAAGAUGUUGAAGAAAAAGAUGAGGAAGAGGAAAAAAACGAGGUUAGUGAGGAGAACGAUGAGGAGGGAGAUGAGAGAGAACAAGAAGAGGAACAAGAGGAGGUGGAGGAUCGUGAGGAUGUUGAGGUUAAAAAUAUAGAAGAAAGGGGGAUCACAGAUGAGGAAGAGGAAGAAGAAGACGAAACUGACAAGAAUGUAGAAGAGGAGGAGUGUGAGGAGGGUGAAGGAAGCGGGGAAGAGUUGGAGAAAACAGGAACUAUUCUUGAGGAAGAAUCAGUAGUAGAGAACGAGGCUGUAGAGGAGAUGGAGCAUGGAGAAAACACAACAGCAGAGAAUACACUAGAUGAAGAUGAGGAAGGAAAUGAGGAUGAGGGAGAGGAAGACAAUGAGCAGGAAUCAAAGGAUGAGGUAGAGGAAGAAAACGAUGAUGCAGACAGUAUUGCCGAUGAUACGGAUUGUAAAAAGCUACUAGAGGAGGCCUUGUAUUUGCAGCAGGAGAGUAGCUGUGAAGAGGAAGCAAAUAUAGACACUAAGGUAGCAGAACAUGACACUGAAUCACCAACCAAAUAUUCCUCCGAGGGUCAAUUUGAGGAUGAUAAAGGCAACGGAACAGACGCUGUUAACGAACUCGAAACAGACGAGGGAGGGGAGCAUCACGAGGAGAGAGGCAGCGGUCUACCACAUCCAGUGGAAAUAUCACAAGAACUACUUGACUUUGUUAACUCUGCCCUACAGUCCUCGUCACUCGUAUUCACAUAUGACGCUCGGGGCAACAUUAGGAUAGAGCCAGAAAAUGCUCGAGUUACGCAAACUAAACCAACUGUUAUUCCAAAAAGUAAAGAGGAUAGUUCGUACGGCUUAAAGCGACUCCCAAGCCCGAGCACCUCAGAUUUGUCUGAUUACAGGCCUGAAACAUCCGAGAGUGGUGGAUAUAAAAGUCAGGAGUCUGUGGAUAUUGUCACAGAGAGCGGAGAAGAGGCUUCAGAGAGACAUUUCCCAGUCUGCAGACAUGAGACUGAUUUCCCUAACCAGGCGUCCAUUGCAAGUAGUUCAGAAGCCUUGCAAAAUGCACAAUUAAAGAGUGGAGGGAGUUUCUCUUCUACUGACUCAGGAGCUAAAGCCUCAAGGGAGGAUCUGUCUUAUUUCAGCGCUGCAAGCUCACAAAAGGCGGACGCCGAGCCAGCCACAGAGGCCACACAGUGCAUUUCUUUCGCCUCAGACAAAGACUCAGCUGAUGGGGUUUUGAUCGACCAAGGUAGAUGGCUGCUCAAGGAGAAUCACCUCAUCAGAAAAUCUCCUCCAGUAUCCCUGGGAAUGUACGGUAAUGUAGAUAGCACAUCUAUAGAUACGGGUCAGGAGAACAGCUGUGAGGAUUCCCCACCUCAUAUUAAAACCCAGCAUAACCUUCUUGCAGCCAUAUCCUCAUCAGAGCUCGAGGAGAUGGCGAAGCCUCCAACUCCGAAGUGCACCUACUACAACAUGCCACAUGGAAGCGAUUCUGACCCCUUUAUGGAUGACUCGAGUUUCAAAAGUGGGAAAAAAGAUUCAAGCAGUAUCAAAGGGAGAGGUUUCAGGGUGUCACCUACGAUUGAUACUUCUAAAACAUGGGCAAGUAAAAAUGGAAGUCUGUCUUCAUUUGCAUCAGUUGAGUUUAAAAUACAAGACAGAAAGGUGCAUCCUGAAGGCGAGUCCUCAGCUGUGACACAGCCAAGGAGGACAUCUAGUGGAGGAGGGGGUGUACUGCAAUCACAAGACUCUCUGGACACACUACAUGUGAGAUGUGGUCAAUACUGUCCCAUACUAUAAAACUAUAUGACAUUAUGUUUCACAGAAAUAUUCACACACACUGGCCGUGCAUGUGUUAUUAGUCUCGGCUAUGAUCAUUUUAUUGUAAUGCAGCUAGAGAUGUUU